AUGGCGCAGCGCGGCAUUCUGCUGCGAGUGUGGGGCAUCGGGCCCGCUAGCUGCUGGCGGGUGCAGGGAAUGGCGCAGCGCGUGGGGCAGCGCAGCAAUUUGCAGCUGCCUUUUGGGAUGUUUGUGCAAGGUCGCAUUGGCGGGGAGUUACGAGCGGCGGCAAUCUGUGGCACAUGGCCAGGCGAGCUGCAGCAGACUGUGGCUGGUUUGGUGAGCUGGCAGUGGCAGGCGGCGGCAUGGGCGGGCAAGCUGCGGCGGGUGCCAGGGGUGGUAGCAUUCGACCUCUCCACAUCCUCUUGA